AUGCCCGUUGAGUCUGAUAGCGGCGCGGAUGUAGAACUACAAAAGAGCUCGGUAGCGAUGCUUGAAGAAGUAGCAAGACAAUUGACAGGACCUUUCAGCUUCCAGACUCUCUUGCGCACAAUAGCUCGGCCUACCAUGAAAGCCUUCCGUUUCCUCGGCCCCGACAAGGGCCUUGCCCUCCAAGAUGUCCCCAUUCCAUCUCCGGGCCCCGAACAGGCCCUCAUCCGCGUCAAAGCCGCCGGGCUCUGCCACUCCGACACCCACGUCCUCUACGGCGGCGGCGCAGCGUGGAUGUGCGCGCUGCCCGUGACUUUGGGCCAUGAGGUCUCUGGUAUCAUUACUGAGCUAGGCGACUCUUCAUUCACAUCAUUCAAAGUCGAUGACAGGGUAGCUGUUGCCUGUGUAGGCCAUCCAAUCCAAGAGAGGAAUUUCCACGAAGCUCUAGGUGUCGGCUGCGACGGUGGAUACGCCGAAUAUGCUGUCGCUCCCAUCAAGAAUCUUGUCAAGAUCCCAGAUCAAGUGGGGUUUGCCGAGGCUGCUGUGGCUACGGAUUCCGUUGCUACUGCCUACCACGCCGUCGUCACGGAGGGUCGAGUAUCUGCAUCGCACACGGUUGCUGUCAUUGGUCUAGGCGGCUUGGGGUUGAACGGACUGGCGAUUGCGGCACACCGUGGUGCUAGAGUCUUUGGCGUCGACAUCAACACGAACAAGUUUGAACAGGCCAAGGAAUUCGGUGCUGUCGACUGUGCCACAGACUUGAGCACGUUCUCAGGCGAAAUAUUCGAUGUUAUCUUGGACUUUGCAGGAGCGCAGAAGACGGUUGAGACUGCGAUAUCAUCGGUGAGGCCUGGCGGGUGUGUGGUGUUGGUGGGGCUUGCGGCACAGAGCGUGCAAAUCACGACGACGGGGAUUGUCACGCAGAAUGUCUCGCUCAAGGGCUCGACGAGCGCUAGCAUUCAAGAGUUUACAGAAGUGUUGGAUUUGAUCGCAUCAGGGUCGAUAAGACCGUUCAUGAAGGAGAUUCCGUUCGAGGAUGUCGGCAAGGGGCUCGAAUUAUUGGGUACUGGGAAUGUUAACGGACGGUUGAUGGGCGGCGUUAACACUGCACGGAACUAUGCUGAGUUAAUGGGAUUUGGUCACUGGGACGAGCAGCAAAAGAUUGUUGUUGUUGAUAAGCCAUUGUUGCAGGGCGGGAUCGUUGCCGUUUACUACCUUCCCGGAACGCUCGUGGGAUGCCUAAUUGGAGGCUGGUUCGGUGAUAGAUAUGGCCGCCUCAAGACUAUUGCCGUAGCAUGCAUCUGGUCUAUCUGCACCGCGGCUCUUCAAACCGCUGCCCAAAAUGCGGAUUGGAUGUUUUGUGCACGAGUCUUGAAUGGCAUCGGCACCGGCAUGUUGAACGCCAUCACUCCAGUCUGGGCAACAGAAGUAGCUUCUCAUACAUCCAGAGGCAAGUUUGUUGCCAUAGAAUUCACUCUCAACAUCUUUGGUGUUGUUGUUGCAUAUUGGCUACAAUUCGGCACGUCCAAGUAUGAGGACCCCAAUUCAUCCUUCAUCUGGAGAUUCCCCAUCGCCUUUCAGAUCAUCCCUCUCAUCGCUCUGUUCAUCAUGAUUUGGUUCAUGCCAGAGUCUCCACGGUGGCUCGUGAAAGUAGGUCGAGAAGAGGAGGCUAGAUUCAUCUUGGGCAGACUCCGCGGAAACGAAGGUGAAGAUGCAAAGGCUGCAGAAGCAGAGCUGCAGGAGAUCAUCAGCAUUAGAGACCUGGAGCAUGACACCGCCAAGCAGCAGAGUUACUUUGCCAUGUUUUUCGGGAUAGGCUCGGGCAAACUGCACACCGGUCGCCGUGUUCAGCUUGUUAUCUGGCUUCAAAUUCUGCAAGAGUGGGUGGGCAUUGCGGGAAUCACGAUUUACGGUCCCACGAUCUUCACGAUUGCCGGCAUCAGCUCUGAGCAGCGUCUUUGGGUCAGUGGUGUGAACAACAUUACCUACAUGUUUGCAACCUUGAUUUGCGUGUUUACCAUAGACCGUAUCGGCCGACGUUGGACGCUGUACUGGGGUGCUGUUGCCCAAGGCAUCUGCAUGUUCUGUGCCGGAGGCUUGGCAAGAGCGACUCUUAACGCUAGUCCCGGUAACCGUUCUGGACUGGGUGGUGCCGCAACCUUCUUCGUAUUCUUGUAUACCGCGGUCUUUGGUGCGACUUGGUUGACGGUCCCCUGGUUAUAUCCCGCAGAGAUAUUUCCUCUCCAAGUACGUGCCAAGGGCAAUGCAUGGGGUGUUGUUGGAUGGUCGAUAGGAAACGGAUGGACGGUGCUUCUUCUCCCCACAAUAUUCGAGAAGCUCAACGAAAAGACACUUUACCUUUUUGGUGCCGUCAACUUCGUCUCCCUCGUUGUUGUUUGGGCCCUUUACCCCGAAUCGAACCAACGCACUUUGGAGGAGAUGGACCUCGUCUUUGCUAGCGACAGUAUUUGGGCGUGGGAGGCCGAGAAGGAGUUUGCCAAGCUCAAGGCCGAGAAUCCUUCCCUUGUUCACUCAGCACACAUGGGUCAUGGCGUUGUCGACGCUGAGACGGGUGUGACUCCAAACAAGGUAGACAAUACUCAUAAAGAGUAG